UUGCAGUAUUUUUAUCAAAUUAAUGUCAGAAUUGCCGUCGUUGAUAUCUUUCAAACUCGAAGGAAUGAUCUUAGUUUAUAUUCAUUCGAAGACUACAGAAAUAAGAGAUUAAGUAUGUUACCUCACCACGAUUUCGCUGCACUAAUAUCGUAUAGAUAUGCUGGUGGGCUAGCCUUUGUUGGAGGAAUGUGCACUUCGAAAGCAGUAAUGUUAUGUGGGUUUUAUCCACAUAAUCCUGCUGCAAUGGGUGGAAUUUUCUUCCACGAAGUCGCACAUUUAGUUGGCGUGCCACAUAACAAUGCAAGCGAAAAGCUGGAAAUUUCAAACUGCCAGUGCAAUCAUUUAAGGCAUCGUUGGAAAAUAAUAGGAUCCACAGAUUGUCUCAAGAUACCGGGAUUCGAUCAUGAUUGUACGCUGCAACAAAUGGUUAAUCUACUAAGCAAAAACCACUGCAUAAAAAAGUAUGAGAAAAUUCCAUUCUUAACGCCGAUUACAAUCGAACAAUCGCUACCAAUAUGUGGAAAUGGUAUUGUUGAAAGAUAUGAACAGUGUGAUUGUGGUUUGCGAAAUUACUGUUAUGACUUAAACUGUCGAGCUGAUUUGUGCAUACAGAUCAUCAGAACAUGGCAGAUGGUAAUGCAUUUUUAA